GGGAAGUGUGGCAGAGGCCACAAUAGUCCCUCUGGGGAAGGGAAGGCCUACUUCCUAGGAACGUUAGGAGUUCCCUGCUUUCUGCUGAUUCUUGAGGCCUAGGAAGACACCCUCCCCCAACAGAAUUCAGAGACCUGACAAUGUCCCUGUAUUGUGGAAUUGCUUGCAGGAGAAAAUCUUUUUGGUACUUUAGGCUGCUGUCAACUUAUGUCACUAAGACCCGGUAUUUAUUUGAACUGAAGGAAGAUGAUGAUGCAUGUAAAAAAGCCCAGCAGACAGGAGCAUUUUAUCUCUUUCAUAGCCUGGCUCCUUUGCUUCAGAAAUCGGGACACCAAUACCAGGCCCCCAGGCAUAGCCUACUAGAGUUGGAAAGUCUCCUGGCAAAGUUUGGACAGGACAUACAAAGAAUAGAAGACUCUGUGCUGAUUGGAUGCUCUGAACAGCAUGAAGCAUGGUUUGCUCUGGAUCUAGGUCUAAAUAGCUCCUCUUCCAUAAAUGCUUCCUUACAGAAACCAGAAAUGGAGACAGAGCUCAAGGGCUCUUUCACUGAGCUGAGGAAGGCUGUCUUUCAGCUGAAUACAAAGGAUGCCUCCUUGCUGACCACGGCUCAGGCUCUUCUCCGUUGGCAUGAUGCUCAUCAGUUCUGUAGCAGAAGCGGGCAGCCCACCAAGAAGAAUAUGGCUGGCAGCAAGCGUGUGUGCCCUUCCAAUAAGAUUAUCUAUUAUCCACAGAUGGCUCCUGUGGUGAUCACUCUGGUGUCAGAUGGGACUCGAUGCCUGCUUGCCCGCCAGAGUUCCUUUCCCAAGGGAAUGUAUUCUGCCUUGGCAGGUUUUUGUGAUAUAGGUGAAAGUCUGGAAGAGGCUGUCCGGAGAGAAGUUGCAGAAGAGGUGGGAUUGGAGGUGGAAAGACUGCAGUACUCCGCAUCCCAGCACUGGCCCUUUCCUAAUAGCUCACUCAUGAUUGCUUGUCAUGCAACUGUGCAUCCAGGGCAGACAGAGAUCCAGGUGAACUUGAAAGAACUAGAGGCAGCUGGCUGGUUCAGUCAUGAUGAGGUAGCCACAGCCCUGAGGAAAAACAAUCCAUAUACUCAGCAACAGUAUGGGACAUUCUGGUUGCCCCCUAAGUUAGCCAUUGCCCACCAACUGAUUAAGGAGUGGGUGGAAAAGCCGUCCUGCUCUACCCUGCCUGCUUAGCUCAGGUUGAGCCACCCAGAUCCCUUCUCAGUAU